AUGGGUCGAGCCAGCGAAUCCAGAGAAUCCAGAGAAUCCAGGACUUCAAGCUCCCCGGCCAGCGAUUCCUUUCCGCGGCAGCAUGGCGUUGCCCUGCAGAAUCUGGCACGAACAACAAGGGAAUCACAAGCAGUAGCACCAGCAGCGCCAACGUCAUCCGUCACCUCACCACCAGCCGCUGUCUCAGUCUCCUCAGCCUCGGUCUCAGUCUCAGUCCCGGGCUCUCCAACAACCACAGGGAUCCCCGUCCCACAACCUCAAUCCCAAUCCCGUCCCCAUUCCCGCUCUUCGACUACUUCGACUACUUCAUCUCUUUCUCUCCCCCCUCCUCUCUCUUCCUCCAUCCAGCAUGAUCGCUUCCCUGGGCGUCAAGAGGCUGUAGCCCAGCCUGCUGCGUCUGCUGCCAUGGCCUCCUCCAGCAAAGCCUCCAGCAGGGCGACGAGAACAUCAGCAACAGCUUCAGCAACAGCAACAGCAGUAGCAACGCCGCCGCUGCUCUUCGCCGAUGGCCGUCGAUCCGACUCGUCGCCCUACGGCUCCACGGCCAUGACCCCGAACCGCAGCCAGUCCCCCUCCGGGUCCGGCUCCGGCUCCGAUUCCAGCAACCGUGGGCUUCGCCUCGCCCGUUCAACCAGCCGGGGCGAGGUCUCCAGACGAUCCUUUGCUUCCCGGCGCUCGUCUCGCAGGUCCGGGAGCUUCGAUGGCGCGGCGCUGGUCUCCGGUGUCGAGGGCCGGUUUGGCAUGCCCGAGGCUCUUCUGUCAACCGUUGUGCUCGACGACGACAUCUCCGAGGACGGGCCGCUGCUCGACGGAGCUUCUUCCUCGACCGAGAUCCCCGACCAAGAUGCCGACGAGAACUCGCCCAACGAAGCCGUGCGAGCCUCUGUGUCACCAAUUGACGAUACGACUCUAUCUAUAAACACGCCGCGCAUGUGGUGCUUGUCCAUACUCUUCUCCAUCCUUGGCUCCUCCACCAAUCUGUUUUUUUCUUUGAGAUACCCCAGCGUUGCCAUUACUCCCGUCAUUGCGCUGUUACUCGUCCACCCUCUGGGCCAUUUAUGGGAUUAUUUGUUGAAGCGGUCGUACGACCCCGAGGAGGAGUUCACCGACGGUGUACGGACCGCCAUCUCGUCGCAUAGCCAUGACGGUCAUGGCCAAAAGAAGCGGCUCGACUCCCUACGUCUGUGGCUGGCCCAGGGCAGGUGGAAUGAAAAGGAGCACACAUGUGUCUAUGUGAGCAGUAAUGUUGCCUUUGGCUUCGCCUUCGCCACGGAUGUCAUUGUCGAGCAGACACAAUUCUACAAUCAAGAGGCGCCCAUUGCCUACCAGCUACUAUUGACGAUAUCGACGCAGAUUCUUGGCUACGGCUUCGCGGGAAUGGCUCGCCGCUUCUUGGUUCGCCCCAGCGGCAUGGUGUGGCCCGGCACUCUCAUGUCUGCCGCCAUGUUUUCCACCCUCCAUAAGCAGGAGAACAAGCCGGCCAAUGGCUGGACUAUCAGUCGUUGGAAGUUCUUCUACAUCAUCUGGACCUGUGCCUCAAUCUUUUACUUCCUGCCUGGUCUCUUGAUGCCCGCUCUCAGCUACUUCAAUGUCAUUACCUGGUUUGCGCCCAAGAGCGUCGUUCUUGCAAACCUGUUCGGCGUGUCCUCCGGCCUUGGUCUCUUUCCCAUGACCUUUGACUGGGCCCAAAUCACAUAUGUCGGCUCACCUCUCUUGGUACCUUUUUGGGCUGCCAUGAAUGUCGUUGGUGGUCUAGCCAUCGUCAUGUGGAUAAUAGCACCACUGUUCUACUACAGCAAUGUGCUCUACUCCUCUUAUAUGCCCAUCCUUUCUACAGCCGUCUUCGACAACACGGGCAAAGUCUACGACGUCAGCAAAAUCCUCACUCCAGACUUUCUCUUCGAUCGGGAAGCAUACUCAAACUAUAGCCGCGUGUUCUUGCCAGUCACGUAUAUGCUCAGCUACGGCGUUCAAUUCGCCGGCCUCGCUGCUCUCUUGACACACACCCUAUGCUGGCACGGCCAAGACAUUUGGCACACAUGGAAGAAAUCGCUAGUCGAGGCGAGAGGACAAGGCAAGGAAGGCUAUCAGCAAGUCUCUGACUCCCCCGACCCUUCAUCAGCCACCGCCGCACAGUCAGAAGGAACUCCCCGUGUAUCAAUGUCGGGAUCCCAUAUCGAAGGCCUCAUGAGCCACGAGGAUAUCCACAGCCGCCUUAUGAAGCGCUACAAAGAUGCCCCCAUUAGCUGGUACUUUGCCACCUUUGUCUCCAUGGCAGCCAUUGGCAUCUUUGUCGUUGAAUACUAUCCUGUCCACCUCCCCUGGUACGGCCUUCUCCUCGCCCUGGCAAUCGGCGCCAUCUUCUUCAUCCCCAACGGCAUCAUCAUGGCCAUCACCAAUCAGCACAGCAGCAUCUACCUCAUCUGCCAGCUCAUCUGCGGUGUCGCCUUCCCCGGCCGCCCCAUCGCCAACAUGGUCUUCGUCACCUACGGCUACAUCUCCUCGGCGCAGGGCAUCAAGUUCGCCUCCGACCUCAAGCUCGGCCACUACAUGAAGAUCCCGCCGCGCAUCAUGUUCUCCGUCCAGAUCGUUGCCACGCUCGUCUCCUCCGUCACCCAGAUCGGCGUCCUCAACUGGAUGUUUGCCAACGUCAAGGGCAUCUGCACCCCCGAGGCCGUCAACGGCUUCACCUGCCCCAUCGCUCGCGUCCACUUCAACGGCUCCAUCCUCUGGGGCGUCGUCGGGCCCGGCGAGUUCUUUGGCGCCCGCGCGAUAUACCGCUCCUUAGUAUGGUGCUUCCCGCUCGGCGCAAUCCUGCCCAUCCCCCUCUGGCUCUACUCCCGCCAUAAGAAGCACAGCCUCUUUCGCAAGGUCAACCUCCCCGUCAUCUUCGGCGCCAUGGGCUGGAUCCCGCCCGCCACGGGCCUCAACUUCUCCGUCUGGGCCCUCGUCUGCUUCUUCUUCAACUACCUCAUCAAGCGCCGCGCAAACGCCUGGUGGGGCAAGUACACCAUGACCCUCAGCGCCGCCCUCGACUCGGGCCUCGCGUUCGGCAUCGUCAUUGUCUUCUUCGUCUUCAUAUACCCCGGCUGGAUGAAGGGCUUCAGCUGGUGGGGGACCGAGGUGUACAAGCAGGGCUGCGACUGGCAGGCUUGCUCGUUCAGAACCGUUGACGACGGUGAGCAUUUUGGACCUGAUUCUUGGUGA